UGCGUGAGCGUGCGUGGGCGCGUCGGCCGGCGAGGGAGCAGCAAACGGCCGGCGGCGGGCGGCGGGCGCCGCGCGCGGGGGGCGGGCGGCGCGGAGGAGGCGGCGGUGGCCAUGGCCGAGGCGUCGCCGCAGCCCGGACGGUACUUCUGCCACUGCUGCUCGGUCGAGAUCGUGCCGCGCCUGCCGGAUUACAUCUGCCCAAGAUGCGAGUCUGGGUUUAUCGAGGAGCUUCCAGAAGAGACCAGGAGUGCAGAGAACGGCGCGGCCCCCUCCACAGCCCCCGCGGACCAGAGCCGGCAGCAGCCGUUCGAGAACGUGGACCAGCCCCUGUUCACGCUGCCGCAGGGCUACGGGCACUUCGCGUUCGGCAUCUUUGACGACAGCUUCGAGCUCCCCACGUUCCCCCCCGGGGCGCAGGCCGAUGACGGCAGGGACACCGAGAGCCGGAGGGAGAGAGAGCAGCACUCCCGGCACCGGUACGGCGCCCGACAGCCCCGCGCCCGCCUCACCGCGCGGCGGGCCACCGGCCGACACGAAGGCGUCCCCACGCUGGAAGGGAUCAUCCAGCAGCUGGUCAACGGCAUCAUCACGCCGGCCGCCAUCCCCAGCCUGGGCCUGGGCCCCUGGGGCGUCCUGCACUCAAACCCCAUGGACUACGCCUGGGGGGCCAACGGCCUGGACGCCAUCAUCACACAGCUCCUCAAUCAGUUUGAAAACACGGGCCCCCCGCCCGCAGACAAGGAGAAAAUCCAGGCCCUCCCCACCGUCCCUGUGACCGAGGAGCACGUCGGCUCCGGGCUGGAGUGCCCCGUGUGCAAGGACGACUACGGGCUGGGGGAGCGCGUGCGGCAGCUGCCCUGCAACCACCUCUUCCACGACGGCUGCAUCGUGCCCUGGCUGGAGCAGCUCGCCCGGCAACGAGAACCCGGCCAGCAGCUCCUGAGCGCCCCGGCCGGCCCCCAGGGCGAGCCCCGGGCCGCGGGUCGGGUCGGCGGGCGCCGCGGCCCCCACACCCCCUGCGCCCGCGGACGGCGGUGCCGCCGGGCCCGCCGCGGCAGGGGCUCGGAGGACCCGCCCCGCCAGGCAGCGGAGGGAGCCCGGCCUCCCCAGGGACGGGCCAGGCACCGGGCACGCGCCGCCUCCCCUCCCGUCGGUCACUGACCUCACCCUCUACGUGUUCAACGGCGGAAAGGUUUUUAUAAUUUUAAAUUAUUACUGCUUUGAAAUAAAUGGACGUUUGCGCUCACCCGCGGCCCUGCGUGAUCUGUGGAGAGACGGGCGGAGCCGCGCGCCGGGGGCCCGGCCGCACGGACAGGCCACCGCGCCCCACCCUGAGCAGGGGCCCGGGACCACCAGGAUGACCAGCGGCACGCGGACAAGAUUGCCCCGACAGACGUUUUUUAAAGGAGAGGAUGUGUGUAUCUCGAAAGCUAUUUAAAAAUACACCCACUUAGAAAGAA